CUUCCGAGGGCGCCGCGCCGCAUCCGGGAACGAGAAAGGAAGGGGUGAAAGGAGGUGGGGGAGAGCCAUGGGGAAGUCGGAUUUCCUCAGCCCGAAGGCUAUCGCUAACCGCAUCAAGUCCAAAGGGUUGCAGAAGCUGCGCUGGUACUGCCAGAUGUGCCAGAAGCAGUGCCGCGAUGAGAAUGGCUUCAAAUGUCAUUGCAUGUCUGAAUCUCACCAAAGGCAAUUACUGCUGGCUUCUGAAAAUCCUCAGCAAUUCUUGAACUACUUUUCCGAGGAAUUCCGAAAUGAUUUCCUAGAGCUGCUCAGGAGACGAUUUGGAACAAAGAGAGUCCACAAUAAUAUCGUGUACAAUGAAUAUAUCAGUCACCGAGAACACAUCCACAUGAAUGCAACACAGUGGGAGACACUGACUGAUUUUACAAAAUGGUUGGGGAGAGAAGGUCUUUGUAAGGUUGAUGAGACUCCAAAAGGCUGGUAUAUUCAGUACAUUGAUAGAGACCCAGAGACCAUUCGCAGGCAACAAGAACAAGAGAGAAAGAAGAAACAAGACCUUGAUGAUGAAGAAAAAACAGCGAAAUUUAUUGAACAGCAAGUUAGAAGAGGUUUGGAGGGGAAAGAACUGGAGGAGCCAGUCUAUACUGAACUGAACAGAGAAAAUGAAGAAGAAAAAGUUGCAUUUAAUUUAAAUAAAGGAGCAAGUACUUCAGUAGCAGCAUCUUCAAAAACAAGCAGCAUCCUUGGACCAAGUGCACUGAAGAUGGCAGAAGGAGCAGUUAAAAGAAAAGAAUCAGCUCAUAGCUCUGGUCAGUCCAAAGAGAAAAAGAAGAAAUCUGCACUGGAUGAGAUUAUGGAGCUUGAAGAAGAGAAGAAAAGAACAUCUCGAACAGACUACUGGUUGCAGCCAGAAAUCAUUGUAAAAAUUGUCACAAAGAAGCUUGGGGAGAAGUAUCACAAGAAGAAGGCAGUUGUUAAGGAGGUGAUUGACAAAUAUACAGCAGUUGUGAAAAUGAUUGAUUCUGGAGACAAACUGAAGCUUGAUCAGACACAUCUGGAAACUGUAAUACCAGCACCAGGCAAGAAAGUUAUGGUAUUAAAUGGUGGUUACAGGGGAAAUGAAGGCAUCUUGGAAUCUAUCAAUGAGAAGAAAUUUUCAGCAACAAUCAUCAUUGACUCUGGGCCUUUGAAAGGACGCCGAGUUGAAGGGAUCCAGUAUGAAGACAUUUCCAAACUUGCCUGAGGUGCUCAUUACGGAUCAGAGAAGAUUUUGGUUCCUCAAACCAUCUUUCUGGCUUCUUGUGGGCAGACACAGGAGACUCUACUAUGUCAGGGUUUUAACUUUGUGUGUAUAUGUAUCUAUAAUGUAUAUAGAGAAUAACCAAGAGCAAAUUGAAUUUAUUUAAAGAUCACUAUAGAUUUGUUACAUAAAAUGUUUGUGGAAUUCUUAUUGGUGGAAAUACUCCAUCUGAUCCUUUUUCAAAGUUUUUAAAUAAUUUUUCAGUUUCCUUUUGCAAAAUACAACAGCUGCAAGUUGGAGUAUUUUCUUUACUCAAGUAUGUGCAAAGUUUUGUAGGGCAGAGAACUGUCCACAACAGCUGCUUGAGGCAGGCAAUGUGUGUUGGAGCCAAUGGAUUUUAAACAGCAGACUUCUCAAUUUGCAGCCAAAACUGAGUUCUGACUGGAGGAACAAGGGAAAGGAUUAAGAGAAUAGCAGAAGGUAACAGGGAUUCUUCUCCUGGAUUUUGUGAGAAGGGUCUGCUUUAUUAAGUGUUGUCACCAAGUUAUUUUUAGUUAACUUAUCAGCUGUAGUAGAAUCCACAUAAUUAGACUUCCAUCACCUCAUUCUCAGGGCUCCUAAUAAUGCUUAUACACAAUUUAUCUGCUUAUGGGCUCUGAAAUGGAUGUUACUUGUGGGGCUUCUAGCAUUCCAGCCUAAGUCUGUGCAGAUAUGAACUGGCAAUUACUGUUUUGGUUUUCCAGAGCAUUUUCCCUUGUCCAUAGUUCCAUUGUUUUCCCCUGCACUGCUGUGGAUGGUAAAUGAGUAACAUUAUUUUUUAAUUUUUUUUUAAAUGUCACAUUUUAUACAGAAUUUUAUUUUUAAGGAAUGUUCAGUAAUAAACAUAAACUUAUCUUAGGCCAGAGCUAAUUUCCUAAUUAGCCUCUUAUACACAAGGGGCAGCACUCUGUUCUUUUAUAUCCACUGAAGAGCACAGUAAAAUGGCCAAUUGGUGUAACUGCCUUAUUUUUGUAAAAGAAAGGUGCAAGUUUUCCCAAGCGAAAUACAGACCGUCACCUGUG